AUGGGCAGUUCGAUCACUUUCGGCGGCUUGGAUGGAGCCAUGUGUGUAGCAGCAGGGUGGCACGGUUGGCAGCAUAUCGUCAACAGGUAUCGUCCUGAUACUCUCACGUGGACCCCUCUGGUUGGCCAUGUUUAUUGGGCUAUGGAGACGGUGUUGGAAGUACUAGAAGAAAAACCACACGAGAAAGAUGGACUUGCCGGGGACGCCGCUGGUGCUGUGAGUGAGGAUGGAAAGAAUGAUGCUAACGAUGAUAUUGGGGCAUUUCCAAGGCAGUUGUUCAUCCAGAGACAGGCAGUAGUGCUGGAUUCGGGCACGUCGUAUCUGCUGGUGCCAAGGCCUGACUUUGUGAAAUUCCUGUCGGCGCUGCUUCCCUCUGAUAAACUGGCUGAAUGCUCAGCUCUGAAGCCUAGCAACCUACUGGUUUUGGUCGCUAACAGGCAGUUUCCGAUAUUCCCGGCUGAUUACUUCACCGGACCGGCAUUGUCUGGUGGGCAAUGUGUCCUGGAGGUUCAGAUGGGCCACGACACGUCUCCAUGGGUUUUUGGUGACACGUUUAUGAAGAAGUUCUACACUGUAUUCGAUGUUGGCCACUCUCGCAUAGGUUUGGCCGACCGUCUGCAUGUUCCGGAGCACUCAGCCUCACGUAUGGUCGUCAACUCGCCUCUUUUACCACAGGAGCAAGACGCUCACGAUUUCCGCGAGACCGAACUCGGAGCCCUUGUGGCAGUAGCCCUGGUAACGCUACUGUGUUUUAUGGCGGCCACUUCUACGUCGGUGCCGCAUUUCGGAGCCUCUCAGGCGAUAGGGAUCUUUGAAAGGUUCCAUCCGGAGUCCUAUGAUGUCGCUCGAAUGCCGAACCUGACGACCCCACUUAUCACUCGGGAACAGCAUCGUGCUCAUCGUGGUGGAUACCGCGCGCCCCAUAGGGGGGAGCCGGCUCGUCCUCCUCCUCCUACUACUACCACAUUGCCUCCUGCUACUACGUACUACUUCUACUAUCAAGUCUAG